AUGUACGCAGAUCGUGAAGAGGCAUUACGGCGCUCCCAAGUGUCGGAGAUUGCGGUACCGCCACCGACUGUGACAGCAGAAGAACGCGAGCGUCAAUUACAGGAAGAACUACGCCGGCGCGCAGCAGACUCGCGACGUGAUCCGCGUGAUCCCACGGGAAUGUAUGAUACAUACGCGCCAUCUUCAUCACCUGAUACACGACGUGCAUCGCGGAGGCGUGGUGAUGAUUAUGACGAUGAAAGGUAUUCGUAUCGGGCACCCAGAGGAUAUACUAGUACCGAUGGUCACUGGCGCGAAGAUGCAGGAGGGCGAGCUCUAUCCCCGUCAACAGGACCACGCCACCGCCGCGGUGGACGUCGGCAUGAGUAUGCAGACGAUGCGGUUAGAUCACGACGACGAAGUCGAAGUCCGCCAGGAGCACGUGGAUCACGCUUACCUCCUUAUGGUGCAGAGUAUGAGGUCAAGUCUGUGUUCUGCAGCGAGCUGGACUCGCGAGUAGGACAGUUUGACUUGGGCGACUUUUUCGAGAGCAACUUGGGUCCAGGGACCGUAGUGGAUGCACAACUUGGGUCGGAUGAUCGAACGGGCACAUCUCUAGGAAUCGGGUACGUGGAAUUAGCAAGUGCUGAGCUAGUUCCUCGCGCUCUUGAGCUUUCGGGAAAGCGUAUGUUUGGCUGGCCCAUCGCCGUGCAGCCAGCUGAUGCAGCUCGCAAAAAUCCCAUUGUUACUAUGUACGAGCCCCCUAGGUCAACAGGACCGACAUCUACGGCCGCGAUUCCCAGCACAUCGUCUCCAUCAUUGUCGGAGACGGCUUUCGUGUCGUCAUCCUCGUCUGUUUCUGCGCCAACAGGACCUAUUAUGCCGCCUUCAGCGCAUUCUGGUGCGACCGUAUCUGGUGGGGAUGCGAUGGGCGCAUCAGCAGUAACAGCGGACCCUGAGGCCCGACUAUAUGUGGGGAAUCUGCAUUAUGACAUUACGUCACAGCAUGUGCGUGUUGUGUUCGAACCAUUCGGCCACCUGGAUGAGGUGGAAGUCUGCUACAACCACAUGACAGGGAAAAGUAAAGGAUUCGCGUUUGUACAAUUCCGCAACGUGCACGAAGCGAAGCAGGCUAUGGAGCAAUUAAAUGGCUUUGAGCUUGCGGGACGUGCGAUGCGUGUGGGUCCUGUGAAUGCUCGAGGUCAAGGAAGCUCAGAACGUUCAGGAUCCGGUCGCUACGACGUUCCCGACAGCGACCAUGAUGCAGUGCCGAUGCCACCGCCUACUGGUGGAAGUGGCGAAAGUAGUGGCAGCGCGUCAGAUAAGCGUUUCGCCCUGAUGGAAAAACUCGCUCGCACAGACCCUGAGAACCAUGCUCAAAGAAGGCCAGCAUCCAUCCCCGAAGCAACAAGUGCGGCGAUCCUACUUCGUCACAUGUUUGACCCAGCUGAAGAGACAGAGCCUCAUUGGCACGUUGAUCUCCGCGAAGAUGUGCGUGCAGAAUGUGAGCGACACGGCACUGUGGAGUCGGUCUUCGUCGACACCUCAAGCCGCGAUGGCGAGGUCUAUGUGUGCUUCGCGACCACGGACGAUGCGCAGCGUGCACGCGCGAGUCUGCAGGGCCGCUUCUUCGGUGGAAAGCGUGUGGAAGCCAGCUUGUACGUAUCUUAG